AUGCUGCCGCUGCUCUCCAAGCUGAUCUCGGCGUCGAUGGCAACGUCGAGUCCGGGGGGUCUCAUCCUGCUUGCCUCCUGGAUACGGAUCGCGCUGGAAGAGCUGAACGAGACAAUGAUGGCCUCGGGCGAGGUGCCGGACUUUGACGCAUUGCCCGACGCUGUUCGCUGGGCCUUUGCCCAAGAGCUCGAGGUCGGCGCUAUGGCACCGAUGAUGGACCUCUGGCAACCGUGGUGGCUACCUGACGCACCACUGGCCGACCUUACACCGGCGCCGCCAGACCUGCCACUGAUAUCCGAGCUCUCCCGCCUGCCGCCGGCGCCAGGCGUCCUCGUCAGCCUCGUCGAGGUUGUCGCUGCUGCCGCCGCCGCCCUCCGCAAGUACAACGGCGAGCUGAUGUUUGCCGAUGGCGAGUGGCGCCAGGUGGUCGAUCUGCUUGCCACUGUCGCGCCGACUGCCUUUGGAAGGGAACCGCCGCCGGCGCUGGUGUCGCCGGCGUCGGCGGACGCGCUCGCGCUCGCCGCCACCGCCGCCCUUGUCGCGGCAGGCCCUCGCAUCCACACCGCAGCUGGGUUUGAUAUGUUCAUUGUCCUCCGCGACGUCGCCGCACUGUUUGACGCGGGCACACGCGGGAGAGACCAAGGAGAUGAGGUGGAAGGAAGACUGCGCGCCAGGUUAGACCGGCUGCUGGCGCAAGUGGAGACCUGGUGGCGACGCGCCCGCAAAGCUGCCAAGGCCGAGCGUGCACAGGGCACCAAAGCUGUGCUCAAGGCCGCAGAGCGCAAGGUCUACUACCUUCGGUGCUGGUUGGGCGACGGCGGUGCCAGUGCCGCCGCCGCCGCGCGGCUGGAUCGCGCUGCAGAUAUUGCUCUCGCCCGCCUCAAGCUUGCCGAAGAGCCGGCCGGGUAG